AUGAAUCAGAGACAGCGCGAGUUGCAUGAUCAAAUCAAGAACGCGAGUGGAAGGCUCCUUCUGUCCCACAAUCAAAUUGAUGCUGCUGGUGCGAUGGCGAUUGCUGAGGCACUCAAAGUGAACACGAGACUGACUGAGCUCGGUCUGAGAGGUAAUCAGAUUGGUGACAUUGGAGCACGAGCAUUUGCUGAGGCACUCAAAGUGAACAAGACGCUCACUACGCUCAAUCUGAGAGGUAAUCAGAUUGGUGACAUUGGAGCACGAGCAUUUGCUGAGGCACUCAAAGUGAACACGACGCUGAAAACGUUUUAUUUGAACGAGAAUUUCCUGACCAAAACGGGAAUCAACGCACUCAUGCAAACGGGCAAUACCAAGUGUACAUUAGAAGGCCUUGACCAGCAGCAGCGUGUUACGGUGCCUGCCGAACUGGCGCAGAUUGCUGCACGAGCAGCAGCACACCCUAAGCCCCAACCUGCUGUCAAUCUUGCAGCUGAAAUUCAGCAAUUGCGCUCCGAUCUCACUGCCAAAGAUAAGACGCUGCAACAGCUUCGAUCCGAUCUUGCUGCCAAAGACCAGGAGCUCGCAACCAACAAGCAGGAGCUUGCUACUAGAGAUCAGGCGCUUGCUGCCAAAGAUCAAGAGCUUGCUGCCAAGAAUCGUGAACUGAAGUCAGCUCUUGAUCAGAUCGAUGUACUUGAACGCAACCAAGCCGCUGGUGGAUCUUUUUCGAAUUUUGACGGACCCAUCGCGCAAAUUCCUCUCGCAACUCUCGUCUCCGCCACGAACAACUUUGCCGCUGAUUCUCUGCUCGGCGAAGGAGCAUUUGGUCGCGUGUACGGUGCCAGUUUGCCUGGCCCUCGUGUUGCCAUCAAAAAGCUGUCCGCCGAAUCCAAGCAGGGCACGGUCGAAUUCAAGUCGGAACUGGACUCUUUGUCCAAAUUCCGCCACGCAAACAUUAUUGCCAUUCUGUCGUAUGCAGAAGAAGGCGACGAGCGAUGCCUGGUUUACGAAUUCAUGCCCAACGGAUCGGUCCGCGAUCGUUUGAAUCGCAAAAACAACACUCCUCCGCUGACUUGGUCUCAGCGCCAUCGCAUCGCGGCUGAUGUUGCCCGUGGCAUGCACUACGUCCAGACAGCCUUUCCUGACCAUGUUCUGUUCCACCUCGACCUCAAGACGGACAAUGUGCUUUUGGACGCGUACUUUAACGCAAAAGUGGCUGAUUUUCCUGCUUACAUGUGCCCCGAGUUCUUUGCCGAGGGUAGAAUGACCAUCAAGACGGACGUUUAUGCUUUUGGCAUGAUUCUGCUCGAGCUCGCGACCGCCGCCAAGCCCGGGCCCAGACUGAAAACUGAUAUGCGCAAGGCUGUGAAAACCCAGAAAUUCAUUGAGAUGCUGGACUCGGCCCUCAAACCAAGCGAGGCAGAGCUCCGGAGCAUCAGCGAGCUUCUCACACUUGCGAUGGAGUGUCUUGACGACGCUGCCGAUGACCGUCCAUCGUUUGGUAGCAUCCUUGUUUCGUUGGAUCCUUGAUGACAAGCGGGAAAUGUGGUACUGGUGGUCUAGUGUCAUGUACGAAUGAGGGUUAGUCUACUUGUUCUUUUUCGCUCGUCAUUUUUCAGCACGUUGUUGUUGUUUGUUUGUUGUUGUGGUAUUGUUUGUUUGUUGCUGUUGUUAUUGUUUGUUGCUUGUUGUUAUGCGCAACUAUUGUGAAGAAAUCAGAAAGUCGAAUACAGUACAAAAAUUCAAUCGA